AUGGGAGUCACCCAUGGAAAGAAGAGAGAUCUCCAUCCUUCUCCAGAGAAACACCUGAAUGGGUCUGCCUCAGCAAUGCAGACACACCAAAGUGAACAUCAAGACCAAUACUCGGAAUUUCAGGCUCCUUCGUCCCAACAACAGACUGAGGUGGAGAGUAGUAAUCUCAUCAGACCACAAAAAACUCCCAAUCCUUUAACGGCCUCCAAGAGCCACCAGGAGCUUCACAGAGAACUGCAGAUGACCCACAAGAGGAGAGUGUCUCAGGAAGGAAAGACUGAACUCCAGAGGGCGUUAGAAAAGAGGAGAUGGGAACAAAGGACGAAGGCGAGCAGAGAUCAGGAAGAGGCAAAGAAGAACAGAUCACCUCUUCAUCAGGAACUGUUGAAAAGACACCAGAGGCUAGAAAAGCUAGAGAGAGACGAAGGACAACAACGAGAGGGGCCAGAGUUCCUCCGAGUCAAAGAGAGACUGAGAAGAACUGCAGUGUUGGAGGAAAAGAGAUUCUUGGAGAAAGCUGCCAGUAAUGCAGAGUGUGAGAGCCAGAUUGAUGCAGACGAACGGUAA